AAUCUGAGUUCCCUUUCAACGACAUACAUACAUACAGAGAGAAAGAUAAAACAUUUUUUCCCCUUUCAAAUUUUGAAUUUCAAGAGACGUUUUAUUGACAACGAAGAAGAAAAAAAAAAAACUUUCCUCAGAAAAUUAAGAGAAAAAAAGACCUUUAAUUGUUUCUGAGUUCUGUUUGGUGUUAGCAAAAAAAUGGGUGAAUCUGCAGUUCUAGCUCAUUCGUAUUCCUUCGCAGCUCCUAUUACCCGUACCGAUUCUCAUGAGGAACAUACGAACCAUGCGCUUAGCCAAUCAAUCUCGUUUGGGAAGUUCAUGACAGAGAAUCUGGAGUGGGGAAAGUGGUCAACUUUUUCGCACAAGAAGUAUGUGGAAGAAGCGGAGAAGUACUCUCGUCCUGGUUCCGUCGCACAGAAGAAAGCUUUCUUCGAAGCUCAUUACAAGAGAAUAGCCGAAGCCAAGAAAGCUGCGACGGAAGAGCGACCUGCCGUGACGCCUGCUGAAGUCUUGCUCCAGGCUUUGGAGACGCAGCCUCCGUUGAGCUUGUUGCCAGAGGAAGAAUCAAUGGGAAGUAAAAGUAUUCACAACGAUGACCUUGUUCUUGAUUCUGGAGAGGAUUCAUUGGAAGAAGAGAAGGAGAGUGGUUUGAUUGGUGAGUGUGAUGAUGACAAGGAGGAAGAUGAAGAGUUGUUGAAAGAGGAGAAAACUAGGAGAUCGUUAACCAAGAACAGACCGGUGUUUAGAUUGUCUUUGGAGAAAACAAUACCUCCUCCUCCUCCUCCUCCUAAACCUAUAGAAACAAGGACGGAGGUUGCUUCACCAGAGAAAACAAGUAAUUGCAGCGAAAGACCGAUAACUCAGAGUUCAGGGAAGACUGAAGAGAAACCGGUUCACCGUAAGAAAUUCAGUUUCUUGAAUUGUUUCAAGGGUAAUUCUAAAACUCGAGAUCAGAAUCAGAGCAGGAACCAGGGAAAGAGGGAGACAAAGAAACAGAACUGUCUCUGUUUCAAGCCAAAGACUGUAAGAGAAUCUUAAAGAGAGCCUAAAGAAUCUCAAAGAAAAAUAACGUUGAAACUCUUUGGCACGCUCCACACAGGUCUGUCUGCACGCCCAUGGGCAAAUGGAAGAAUAAAGAGAUCGAUUUUAGGGUUUUCAAAAAAAGCUCAGAUCGUUCGAUCAAAGCUACUUAGUAGUUUUACAAACAAUUUCGUUACGUACAUGUCAACGAGUAUGCUCUUUUUGUCACCAGUUUAAAAAGAGUCCUCUAGUACCCAUAGAUAGAAGAAAAAAAACUGGAAGUAGCUUCCUUUUGUUUCAUAUCUACUUAUGUAAUGACGAACAACUCCAGUUUCUUGAUUUGUUCUGGAUCUUGUUCUUUGAACUUAGCUCUUGUUUGAUAGAUAAUAAAGGUAUCAACUUUACGUAAA